GUUAUUGCUAUUGAAAGCAACUGCACUGAUGAUUCUGACUCCUCAAAGGCACAGAAACUGCUUUCAACAUCAAUUUCCUAUUUAAAUAUUUUCCUUGUACCAGUACCUCCUCUUUGCCAUGAGCCAAUAGCAUUUACCCUGCCAAGUGAUAACAUUGCCCUUUGGCCGCCCAGCAGGGGAUAUUUACAUUGCAGUGAGUGAAAUCCUCACAUCUCCUACUGAUCUGCUCUUGCACCUUCUUCAGCACAAUAUGACUUUGCAGCUGAAAACCAUUAACGGAGUCCCACUAUCGGAAGCCAUUGCCUCCAACUGGGAUGAAAUUUGGGGCUUCCAAGCUAAACCUGGUGACAUCCUUAUUAAUACGUAUCCUAAAUCAGGAACCACCUGGGUCCAAGAAAUCAUUGAUCUCAUUAUGAAUGAUGUUGAUGAGGAGAAAUGUAAAAGGGCCCCAAUUUAUGAAAGGAUCCCUUUUGUAGACAUUCUCCAUUUGAUGAAACCAGGAGUAGAGGAGGUAAAUGCCAUGCCCUCACCUAGAAUUCUGAAAUCCCAUCUUGCCUUUCAACUCGUGCCGCCAUCAUUUUGGAAAGAAAAAUGCAAGGUGAUUUACGUAGCCCGGAAUGCCAAAGACACUGCAACCUCCUUCUUUUACUUUGACCACAUGGCACAUUUACACCCCACGCCGGAGAGCUGGGAUGACUACCUGGAAAGGUUUAUGAAGGGUGAUGUGGGCUGGGGCUCUUGGUACGACCAUGUCAAAGGAUUCUGGGAACAGAAGGACCAACACAACAUCUUGUACUUGUUCUACGAGGACCUCCAAAAGAACCCUCUUGUAGAGAUCCGCAAGGUUAUGAAGUUCCUGGAUAAAGACCUCCCAGAGGAAAUGCUGAGGAAGAUAGUGCACCUGACCUCCUUUAAGAAGAUGAAGGAGAACCCUAUGGCCAACUACUCCACCUUCCCAUCGGACAUGCUCAAGCAAACCGACCACAAGUUCAUGCGUAAAGGCAAAGUGGGGGACUGGAAGAAUCAAUUCACCGUCUAUCAGAAUGAAGUGUUCGAAGCGGAUUACCAGCGACAGAUGAGCGGCAGCACCCUAAAGUUUCACACCGCAGUAUGAUUAAAUUGGCUCUGCUCUGUUAGCCACUCCCGAGCUUUACCCUUAUUUUAUUAGUAUUCUGUUAAAUGGGUCAAACCACACACACACAAGAGACCUCAAGGGAAAUACUUCUUAUUUUUAAGUAGGAAUUAUGUAUUCUCCAUUACAGCUCCCAAUCUGUCUAGGUCAUGCUGUAAAUAAGACAGUAUUGUUACAGAAUUGAAGCUGCCAUAUUGCUUUGCUGUUUUGCAUUAUUGUGGUAAUUCCAAAUUAUCUGAUUUCAUGUCUGUGAUGUGAAUAUCUAAUAAAAUCCAUUUGCAUUAA